GAGGUGCCCGCAGGGUCUCCAGAGAGAGGAGAAAACACUUUGUUCCAAGUUUUCCCGGAGCUUCCUCGUCCCCACCGCGACUUGCAUCCCGAGCCCUCUGCGGCCUCCCAACUUUCAGACGCCCCUCUGCGGCUCUGCUCCCUUUGGUCCGCAGGACUCCUCCAUGGCCAGGUCGUACGGCGGCCGGGUGCUGACCGCAAUGAUCCUGUUGGGCAUCCCCGCGGCGGUGCUGGCGGCGCUGGGCGCUCAGCUGCUGUUCCAGCUGCAGGCGGGCCGCGCGGAGCUUCGGGGACCGCGAAUCGACGGCCUGGGCCCAGAGCUGGGGACCGGCCCGGGGCUGCCAGAGGACGCAGCCGGAGCGCUGCUGCCGCUAGCCGCCGCGCUCGCCGCGCUCGCCCUGGUUCUAGGUCUCACCUGCCUGCUGCUCGCCGCGCUCUGCGGCCACCUGGGCGCUGAGAUGGCGCGGGGACCGGGCCCUGGCAGGUCUGACUGGUUUCUCUAUGACUGCCGCCUCCUCAGACACGUAGCCCUUGGUCUCUUCUGUUGUGGGAUCUCUGUCUACUUAGCAGCACUGUCCAUCUAUGCCCUGCUGCUCUUCGAGAUUGAGACAGGUGCAGCGGCUGCCUCUGUUCUUGGCUUGGGUGCUCUGAUCCUGGUAGCAGUGCUGACCCACACUCUGCUCCGGGCUGCCCGGGCCACCCGCCGUGGCCUCCAUGAGCUGUCCCUGCCACAAUUUGAAGAUGACCCUGUCCGCCCUGCUGAAGUCUCCAAGGCCAGCUCCGGGGCUCAGCCCCAGCAGGGUAUCCAUCACUGGACCCCCUACUCAUCUUGCCCAGAACCUGGGGACUCCCUCAGACCCACAGUCACUGCCACAGCACCUGCAACCAUGGGGGGAGGCUGGGAGAGCCGCCUGCCCACAUCUCACAUACAUCGAACACUGUCUGCCAGUGAGGGGCACUGGGAAGAGGUCACACAUGAGAUGCGCAACAUCCUGGGCCACAGGCCAGGAGGAUCAGGGAAGGACUCCACCUUGGUGUGAACCCAAAAAUCAGAGAUAGAGACCCAGUGUCAGGCAGUAGGAAAAGGACACCUGUAGAGAAAGGUCCAGGCAGCCACAGUAGCAGUGCAACUUGAUUUCCCUCUCAGUUCACAGCAUCUUUGACUUUUGUCCUCAAAGUUGCUUCAUGGCACAAAAUAGCUGCCAGGGAUCCAGCCCUCACUUCCUUACUCAGAGAGAAAGACAGAGGCCAGGACUAGCUCAGAAGCUUUUGGAAGUCUUCCUGAGAGGCCUUGGGACGCUUCUGCUCAUAACUCACUGGCCAGAACAAGGGUCAUGUAGCCACAUUUCACUAUAGAGGAGACUAGGAAAUGUAGCUGUCCAGAAUGAAUAAAAUUCUCUUAUAGGCAGGAGGAGAGGGGAGGGCUUAGGCAACAGUUCUCUAAACAGCUCCAUCCAUUUUACAGAUGAGGAAACCAAGGCCCAGAGAGGGGCAGUGACUCACCAAGGGUCCCAUGGCCAGUACUGAGCAUCAGAGGCAGGAUUCGAACCCAGGUCCUGUGACCCCCAUGCUGCUGAUAGUGCAAGUCUCAAACUCUGCGACUCCUUCCAGGCUGUGAGUGUUUGAAACCUGUGUGUGCUGAGCUCAGAGCAGCCCCAGGCCAUGGACACACCUUGAGGCCUGGACCCAGACUCCUGGCUGUGGGCCUGUGGCUGAGGGCUUCACCACCCUGUGUCUCAGUUUCCUGGUCUGUAAAACGGGAACAGAAGUGGUCCCUCCUCCUAGAGCUCCCAUGAGACUCUGCAUGAGCUAUUUGGGGGCGGGGGGCGGGGGAACCUGUGCAUAGCAGAUCCUCAAUGUGUGUCAACCUGUGCUUCGGUCAGUCGGGGUGCUUCAUGGCUUGAAAAGGUGGGUUGAUGGCCAGUUUCUGGGACUCUUGGAACUGCCAGGGCUUGGGGUAGAUCACUCAGAGCCCCAGGGGUCUCCCAAAAGCCCUGACCACCCCCUCCAUCCUGCACAACCUGAAAAUAAACUCCAUGUCAUUAUCUCCAUGUUGCCUGAGCCACAUCUAAACCUGCUGCUUGGCCAAGUCAAGGCCCAGGAUGAGGGGUGAAGUGACAGAGGUGGGGGACAGAGGGCAGCAGUAGGGGUA